CCCCUGAACAAUGGGUGAGACAUUCUCCCAGCUGGGCUCUCGGGAGGAUGAGAACAAGUCGAUCCUGCCCUCCGACCCAGCCUUUGGCAGCAAGGCUGCCAGCUGCUCCAGCACCACCGGCAGCGAGCCUUCUUGUUCCUGUGUGCCUUGUGAAAGGGCUGCUGGUGUCAGCUUUGUGACUUGUCCCACCUGCCAGGGCAGUGGGGAGAUCCCUCGAGAACUAGAGAAGCAGCUGGUGGCCCUCAUCCCCUACGGGGACCAGAGGCUGAAGCCCAGGCACACGAAGCUCUCCGUGUUCCUGGCAGUGUUCGUCUGCCUGGUGACCUCCUCCCUCAUCGUCUUUUUCCUGUUUCCCCGGACUAUCGCCGUGCAGCCUGUGGGCCUCAGCUCCUCCACGGUGACUGUUGGCGAGGCCGACAUCCACCUCAAUAUAACGAAUAUCUUGAGCAUCUCCAAUAACAACUACUACCCCAUCGCUGUGACCCAGCUGACCACUGAGGUUCUGCACCUGUCCCUCGUGGUGGGGCAGGUCUCCGACAGCCUUCUCCUCCACGUCGGCCCUUUGGCCAGUGAGCAGAUGUUUUAUACGGUAGCCAACAGGAUACGGGAUGAAAACACAUACAAGAUCUGUACCUGGCUGAAAAUCAAAGUCCGCCAUGUGCUUCUGCACAUCCAGGGCACCCUGACCUGUUCCUACCUGAGCCAUUCAGAGCAGCUGGUCUUCCAGAGCUACGAAUAUGUGGACUGCCGGGGAAACGCAUCCAAGCCCCACUUGCUGGUCCCUCGCCCGCCGUGACCCGUCUGCUGUCGUCGAGCUCCGGGCACCUGCCGGCCUGGUCUGUAUCUCCCACCACUCCAUGG